AUGUUGUUAGGCGGUGCUCAGACCUCGGCAGACGUAACAGCCGCCAAGUCCUGCCUCACUCCGAGCGCCGGGUUUCCGCGGGCGGGCAGCCUGGCGACCGGACUCGAACUCGGGCUAGGAAGGCCGGGAGCAACGACGGCGACGGCGACGGCGACGGCGACGACGAUGGGGAGCAGAAAGGCCGGUUUCGCCAAGCACCUGAUGGCCAGUCUGGUGGCGGCGCAUCGGAUGCCCAUGUCGCCCGACUACCGCCGCAUCCUCGGUCUGUCCAUCCUGUUGCCAAGUCUGGCCACAUGCCUCUUCUUGUUGGCCACUUCAAUGCCGUGUUGGGAGCGUGUCGAGUUCCCAUUUGACGAGUUUCAACUGGUCAUGCAAGCCGGCCGUCCCGACGCCGUCGCGUCGGACCGUCGCAAGGAGGGCUUGCAGAAUCGCCGGCUCCACCUCGGACUGGCCCACUUCGCGAUUCGAGCCCUGCUUCUGCCCAACCGAUCCGUCGAGCCUGUCGUGGGCCCGAAGGCCCGACAUCUGCAGCCAAUGCCAGUUGGUAUGGUGAUCUCGAGGCGGCGGAGUCGUCAGGGCGUCGACGAGCAGGUCUCGGCCAACCCGUCCGGUUUGCGUGUGCCCUUUCUUGAGACAGCCGAGUCUAACCAGAGGCCGAGACACGAGGGGACUGUGACCCGCCAAUCCGGAGAGCAGACAUGGUGUCUGCUGAACACGUGGUCAGGAAUUUGGUCGUCAUGCGAUUUCCUCGAGGGUGAGUCGACUCUGGUUGCCGAGUGA